AGACGGCCAACAUGGCUUCGUUUUGACGCAGAUUUUAUUCAUUGUGUUACAAAUUUAACUUUUCAUCAUUUUCUAGGCAGUUAUGCCAACAAAGAAACGAAACAAGCACCAAAAACAUCACGUACACGACUCUGGGGAUUUUCUCGGAGAAAUCGAAGCCUUGUUUAACAAGAGAUUCGUUUUGAAAUCAAGUGGAGAAACAUGGGCACUACCGGAUUCAUCAAGCAUGUUUCAAGAACUACCGUUCAUCCUGGAAGACAUGAUCUCCUUGAAGGACGAGCUGAAUCGAAAGAAGAGCCUACUAAACGACAUGGAUAUAGUUAAGUGGCAUUUGCACACCCGUAGAGCUCAUAAAGCAGGCCUUGUUGUGAAGCACCUUCGGGAGAAUAUUCAUGCUGAGAUGUGUACUCAAGCUUGGACUAAAUUCCACGAGAUACUCAAUUCCUUCGAUCUCAUCCCAGAGAUCGCACGAAAAACUGGAAAGUUUCGAUCAGUGCACCUAUGCGAGGCUCCAGGAGCUUUUAUUGCAAGUUUAAAUCACUUUGUGAAGAGUUGUCAUCACAGUCUAGAGUGGGACUGGGUCGCCAAUACUCUGAAUCCUUACUAUGAAGGUCAUGACUUGACAGCCAUGUUGGACGAUGACAGGUUUGUUUUGCAGACAUUGUCACACUGGCAUUUUGGUGUGGAUGGAACUGGAGACUUGAUGAAGCUGGCUAACUUGGAAUCUCUUCAACAAGAUACACCUGAUGUUCAUUUGGUGACAGCUGAUGGCAGUAUAAACUGUGCUAAUCAACCAGAUGAGCAGGAAAGCCUUGUAGGACAACUGAUCUUCUGUGAGGCAGUAGCUGCCAUAAACCUGCUUUGCCAAGGAGGGAACUUUGUGUUCAAAAUGUUCACUGCAUUCGAGCACCAGAUGAUAUCCCUUCUGUAUCUUCUUGCUUGUUUGUUUCAAGAAAUCCAAGUCAUUAAACCAGGUACCAGCAAGUCAGGUAAUUCAGAGGCCUAUGUUGUAUGCCUUGCAUUUAUUGGCAAAGAGAAAAUUCCAAGCAGUGUUAUGGAAAAAGUAUGUGAAGGAUAUGGUGAACAUUGCCCAUCCUCCAGUCUGUUUUCCCUGAGUUCAAUCCCGUGCACGUUUCUGGAGAGGUUAAAAGCCUGCGAGGAGUACUUUACUAGUCUUCAAAUGGAAGCCAUUGAUCAAAACAUCAAACAGUUUUAUUACAUGAGUUCAAGGGAAUGGAAGGCUCAUGCUCAACUUCGUCAGCUUGUGGUAGAAAACUUUGUAGAAAGAUUUCACGUAAGACCAAUCAACGAAGAGGAACAUGUUGUAGCUGGUGCUUACUUAGAUGGGACACAACUGAGCUUCACCAGAGGACCUACAAAUAAUGUACCUUUUAGAGAGAGCUUUAAUGGUCGACAUCAGAUGGGAAGUUACAAUGAGAGAAAUGAGAAUCUGAACCAGGAGUGGCUCGCAAAAACUCUAGCAGAUGGACAGUUCCAAUUUCAUCCUACUCAGCUGAAGAGUUUGCAAGAUUAUUCUCAAGUUUACAAUGAAGUUCCCCUGAUUCCACUUCACUAUGAUCAAGUAGUGUGGCUUGAAGGGGCAGAGUGUGUCACACCAGAGGUCAUGGCUGCCACCUGGAAACCUCAGUCUGCAGCUUGUCUAAAUGCUGUUUUGAAUUCACGUUUCUGUACGCCAUUCUAUAUUAGCAAGUUACAAGAUGCACAUCAGCAGGCUACAAUCCUAAGGGAAGAGAAUGUCGACAACCUCAUUUCUAUAAAUGACAAAGUGUGUCCUUCAAAUAUUGUCAAGAUGUCCAAGGGUGGUGAAGCAGAAGUGAGAAAUCUUGAUAACCUCAUCUUCUUCACAGAAAUGGCAAAGUGUGAUAACUUUGGAAUUGUGUUAAAUCUUAGUGACAGUCUUGAUUAUCUGGGACAAUACCUUCAAGAAAAGCGUGCUAGAUUCAACUCAAUUCGCCUGUGCAUCUCAGCUGAGAGUGGAACACCAUUAGCAACUAUUAAUCAGGAAACUGCUUUUCAGUUUGAAGACAUUUCACAGCAUGUGAACAGGGUCUCCCAGAUAGGUGAUGAGCAGAAAAUCAAUCUUGUUUUUGCUGACCUAAACCACAGUAAUGAACUGAGUGCAAAAAGAGAGUUGGUUUCUCUGUGCAUCACUGCCCUAAAGUUGUUGGGAGAUGGUGGAAUGUUUGUUUGCCGUGUCUGUGAGACACUGACAAGAUUCAGUGUGGGCCUUUUGUACAUUUUCCACCAUAUAUUUGACAAGUUAACAAUUGUUAAACCAGUGAUGUCACAGCUGUCAAGCCCACAAAGAUUUUUGGUGUGCAAGGGAUUUCAUGGUGACAAUAAACAUUAUGCUGCUUAUCUUGAAGAGGUUCUUCACCAGCUCACAAUGCUUGCCAAUGAAGGGUCAGCUUUUGAUGUUGUAGAGAUUGUGCCCAUGCAGCUUCUGUAUGGUGAACAGUUUUAUACCUUUGUUAAACAGAUGAAUGAACAACUGGCUCAUGUACAGCUUCAGACCGUUGUUCAACUGGAGAAUUACUUCCUUUAUCCUGACAAAAUGCCGUCUGCUGAAGAGAUUUUUGAUCUCAGAGAAGAAGUGACAGCAUACUUGAAGUGACAACAGAACUUUCAUUUGAAACAAGACUGCUGAAUGCCAUCAAUAUUAUGCAGUAAUCUUUCACAGUGCAAUUUGCUUUUCAAUGCCUUUGUAGCACUUAGUAUGCAUUGCUGGCCUAUGGUUCUUUGUAACAAGUUCUUUUAUUUCAAACACAGUUAUACUCUCUGAACCAAGAGCAGCAUACUUGCUGCACCAAGUGCAACAUUGUUUUAACAAAUUCCUCAUGCAACUUGCCCGUCAACAUUCUGUCACCAGCCAAUGUAAAUGCUGCUUUCUAUACAGUGGGGGGAGGGGGAAGAGGCAGGGGGGUCAGAACCUCCUGCUUCCUAAACCUUUAUUUCCCAACUCUCGCCCCAUCAUGUCCUGCUCGAUCGUCUCUUGCUGUGUAAAUUAGGAUACUCAAAACAUUAUACUAGUCAUUUAGUUGCAUAAUCCUUAGGCAUUCCUUUGUUUUGAAAUUUUUGUAUUCUGCCUUGCUCAUCUUGCUCACCUUUUUGACAGCUUACACAACAUAUUAUCUCAGAAGAUGCUAAAUGCAAGGCAAAUAACAUUUUGGGUUCUUGUUUUUGAAAGAAUUUUAAUGCUUAAUGACCAAAAAUAACAUUUUUCUCCUACAUGCCACCCUUUUUCUUCCCCCAUACCCCCUUUGUCCCCUAU